AUGUCUCGAAUGCGAUUUAAGGGUGGUGCAUGGACCAAUAGCGAGGAUGAGGUGCUCCGCGCUUCACUCUCCGUGUAUGGUCUGCACAACUGGGAGCGGGUGGCAUCCAUGCUUGUACGCAAGACCGCCGCGCAGUGCCGCGAACGGUGGGAAAGUCAUCUUGAUCCUCGACUGAAUCUGCAGGAGGCGUGGACCGCCAGUGAAGAGGCGGCGCUGGUGGAACUCCACGCACUCUUCCCACAGCAGUGGGGUCUCAUUGCGCAGGAACUGCGACAUCGCACUGGAAUGAACCGGCCGCCGUGGCUCUGUGAGGAACACUACCACAGUUUACUUGACGCCCUUGAGUAUGAACGGCGUCAGCGGCGGAAAACAGAAGGUGAUGUCAGUACUAGCGGCGGUAAUAAUGAGAAUAACAAGAAUAACAACAGGAAAGACUCCUUGACAUUAGAAGAGUUUCUGGAGGAACGCCGUCGGCAGCGUAGUGUUCACCAGGGUUACGAAACCCGAGCAGCAAGACCAGAUGCUGUCAAUUCAGAUGUGUUUGAAAAAGAGAUGGUAGAGUUUGCCGUUAGUCGUCUGGCAAAUCAAGAUGGUAAAAAGGGACUGCGUAAAGAGCGUAAGAAGCAGCUUGAACACACCAGUUUUCUUGCUAAAUUGGAAAGCAAUCGUGAGUCUAUUGAAUCUGGUACACUUUCUGCUAAAGCAAAGAAACGUAUGGAUCGGGCCAUGUUGGAAGAUCUUGCAGGACCAAGUGGUACACGACUGCAGGACAACAUCGUUGAAGAUGGCGCAGAUGAUGAUGAUGAUAAUGAAGAAGAAGAAGAGGGGAAUGAGGAGGAGGAUCAACAGCAGCAACUAAAAAAGCGAAAACAAGAGGCCUUUCAACCCAUAGAUUUGGGUGCAGAUAAACAGGCUGCUGGAAUUCAAGCUAAACAGCGUGUUCUUGUAAAAAAUCUUUCAGCUAGUUCAACUCAACACUCUCAAGAUGAUGCGGUAAAAGAAGGUGUUAAUAUGGAAUUGCUGCGCCUAGCGAGCGGUAUGCCCACCACUGGAGGGAAUAAGCGGCUGGAAAAUAAGAAGAGUGUCUCCUUUUUGACUGGCAUUAAAAUGGAAACUGGAACUGGUUUAGCUAAUCAAAAUGAUAGUGCUAGCAAUACAGUAACAAACAGUGAGAAAAAUGUCCCAGAUCUCGAUGAUCUCUUCGCAACUCUGCCUGAUGUUAUGACAAGCACGCAAAAGAAAGAAACACAUGUAGAUGUUCUUUCAGAUGACCUUUUCGCUACAUUACCAGCUCCCAAACCCACCAGUAGUAGUGAUAGUAGUAACAAUAGUGUGAAUGAAGAACUUGUUACUGAUACUGUUCCUCUUCCUCUUGAGAGAGAACUCAUGACAGUGGAAACAGAAGAAGAAAAAGAAAAAGAAGAAACUCUUGACUUCACUACACCUUCAGGACGUCUUUGGCUUACCGAGGCUAAACGACGCGUGGCACUAGAGAAUGAACGUACAUUUUUAAAGUGUAAACGUGUUCGACGGAAUAGUCUAGAUAGGAGCAUUUCAUUGCACCAUCAGCAACAAGAUGAUAAGAAGAAAGAAGAGGAAGAAGAAGAAGAUGUUGAUGAUGUUGAAGAUGAUAACACGCAGCGUGUUGUGCGUGCCCUCGUGUUAAAUCAAAUGUCUGCCACAGCGCGGCAACUUCUCAAUGGAAAGGUGAUUCGAGAUGAGCCUGCGAAGAAGAAGAGGAAACAUAGUAGCAACAACGACAACAAGGGUGAAGAACAGGAGGCAGUAGAAAGAGAAACGAAAGAAGAAGAAGAAGAAGAAGAAUUAAGUGCUAAACUUGCAGACCGUGUUGCUGCUGUACGAGAAGAAGAAUGUGGAGAUUUUUGGAAAAGUGUGGGUGCCACAGAAGCGACUGUACAAUUGGAAGAACUUGUGAGUCACCAACGCGAGCAUGUCGCUUCAGUCACUGAAAGUGCCAUUGAAGCAGAAAAGAAGGCGGAGCGCAUCGUGCGUGUUUGUUUCGCUCCUUUUGGUGAUCCCCAGAUGCGUUACGAUGAUGUUGUUAAUAACAACAAUAACAACAAGAAUCUUGAGAGUCGUCGUGGUAGUGAUGGUGAUGUGGUUCGCCGUGCCUGUGUAUAUUGGGGUGGGAAACUUGUGGAUGCGCAGAGGGAACUUGCGUUCUAUACUGCCAUGCGUGGGGAUGAACAGCAAGAGAUUCAACGACGUGUGGAUGCAGCCACACACACAUUAGAAGAAAUUGAAGAGAAGGAACGAGUUCUUCAGGAACUGUACCGUUCGAUGCGUCUUGAACAUGCUUGA